GCGGAGCCUGGACCGGGGGGCCGGUUUGUUGUGGUCGCCAUUUUGCUGGUUGCAUUACUGGGUAAUCGGGGCCCUGGCUCGCCGCGUCCGACGGACCCAUUCAGCCAGUGGGCAGGCCUGAGCUCGGGCUCCCCGAGCACUCUGAGUCCCCUUACCCACGCCCUCAGGUCUCAGCGGCGGUGGCAGCCGAGGUGCAGGAUGCGAGAAGGCGCCCUCCAGCCGGGCUCCCGCUUCAGGCCUCACACCCCUGCGGCCCUCUGAGCCCACCAUGGCCAUCCCACCAGGCCAUGGUCCCUUCUCUGGCAUUCCGGGGCCCCAGGAACACACACAGGUGUUGCCUGAUGUGCGGCUGCUGUCCCGGAGACUGCCCCUGGCCUUCCGGGACGCAACCUCAGCCCCACUGCGCAAGCUCUCUGUGGACCUCAUCAAGACCUACAAGCACAUCAAUGAGGUAUACUAUGCGAAGAAGAAGCGGAGGGCCCAACAGGCGCCACCCCAGGACUCAAGCACCAAGAAGGAGAAGAAGGUCCUGAAUCACGGCUAUGACGAUGACAACCAUGACUACAUUGUGCGCAGUGGCGAGCGGUGGCUAGAGCGCUACGAGAUUGACUCUCUCAUUGGCAAAGGCUCCUUUGGCCAGGUGGUGAAAGCCUAUGAUCACCAGACGCAGGAGCUGGUGGCCAUCAAAAUCAUCAAGAACAAAAAGGCCUUCCUGAACCAGGCGCAGAUUGAGCUGCGGCUGCUGGAGCUGAUGAACCAGCAUGACACAGAAAUGAAAUACUACAUAGUGCACCUGAAACGGCACUUCAUGUUCCGGAACCACCUGUGCCUGGUGUUUGAGCUGCUGUCCUACAAUCUGUAUGACCUCCUGCGCAACACACACUUCCGUGGGGUCUCUCUGAACCUGACUCGGAAGCUGGCACAGCAGCUCUGCACAGCGCUGCUUUUUCUGGCCACGCCGGAGCUCAGCAUUAUCCACUGCGACCUCAAGCCUGAGAACAUACUGCUCUGCAACCCCAAGCGCAGUGCCAUCAAGAUCGUAGACUUCGGCAGUUCCUGCCAGCUUGGCCAGCGGAUCUACCAGUAUAUCCAGAGCCGCUUCUACCGCUCCCCCGAGGUGCUCCUGGGCACACCCUAUGACCUGGCUAUCGACAUGUGGUCCCUGGGCUGCAUCCUUGUGGAGAUGCACACUGGAGAGCCGCUGUUCAGUGGUUCCAAUGAGGUGGACCAGAUGAGCCGCAUUGUGGAGGUGUUGGGCAUCCCGCCUGCGCCCAUGCUGGAGCAGGCACCCAAGGCUCGAAAGUACUUUGAGCGGCUGCCUGGGGGUGGCUGGACCCUACGAAGGACAAAGGAACUCAGGAAGGAUUACCAGGGCCCCGGGACACGGCGGCUGCAGGAGGUGCUGGGCGUGCAGACGGGCGGGCCCGGGGGCCGGCGGGCGGGGGAGCCGGGCCACAGCCCCGCCGACUACCUCCGCUUCCAGGACCUGGUGCUGCGCAUGCUGGAGUAUGAGCCCGCCGCCCGCAUCAGCCCCCUGGGCGCUCUGCAGCAUGGCUUCUUCCGCCGCACGGCCGACGAGGCCACCAACACGGGCCCGGCAGGCAGCAGUGCCUCCACAUCGCCCGCACCUCUCGACACCUGCCCCUCCUCUAGCACGGCCAGCUCCAUCUCCAGCUCUGGAGGCUCCAGUGGUUCCUCCAGUGACAACAGGGCCUACCGCUACAGCAACCGAUAUUGUGGGGGCCCUGGUCCCCCCAUCACUGACUGUGAGAUGAACAGCCCCCAGGUCCUGCCCUCACAGCCUCUGCGCCCCUGGGCAGGGGGUGAUGUGCCCCACAAGACACAUCAAGCCCCCACCUCUGCCUCGACAUUACCAGGGCCUGGGGCUCAGUUGCCCCCACAACCCCGAUGCCUUGGCCGUCCCCCAUCACCAACAUCACCACCACCCCCAGAGCUGAUGGAUGUGAGCCUGGUGGGCAGCCCUCCAGACUGCUCCCCACCUCACCCAGCGCCUGCCCCCCAGCACCCGGCUGCCUCAGCCCUCCGGACUCGGAUGACGGGAGGUCGACCACCUCUCCCACCUCCUGAUGACCCUGCCACUCUGGGGCCUCGCCUGGGCCUCCGUGGUGUACCCCAGAGCACAGCAGCCAGCUCAUGACCCUGCCCUCUCCCUGGGGCCCCUCCUGAAGCCAUACCCCCUCAUUUGGGGGCCCUGGGCUCCCAUCCUCAUCUCUCCCCUUGACUGGAAUUGCUGCUACCCAGCUGGGGUGGGUGAGGCCUGCACUGAUUGGGGCCCGGGGCAGGGGGUCAAGGGAAAGGGGUUUGGCGCCACACCCCUUCCAUGAAGACUGGACCCUUGGCCCCCUUUCCCCCCUUGUUUUCUAUUUAUUGUACCAAAGACAGUGGUGGUCCGGUGGAAGGGACAUUCCCCCUUACCCCAGGGCCCUAGGAGGGGGUGGGGGCAGGUAGGGGGAGAUGGCCUUGCUCCUCCUCGCUGUACCCCCCAGUAAAGAGCUUUCUCACAUGCC